AUGAAAAGGGCAGAAAAAUCCGAAAAUCAAGACGUUCGCUCAUAUCCAAUAAUCAAACAGAGAGGAUUUUAUUCCGAUGUGAUAGAACCUAUAGCUCAAGAGCGACUAGGGAAUGUUUCCAAUGGCCCAGAUACAGAACAGAAUAUUGCGUGGAGUAUUAUAAACAACGAUUACAUACCAUCAGUGAAUACGUUUCAAGGUCCCAAUAACCUGACUACUGUCCUUCAAAACCAGAUUUACGGACCGAGCUCUGCCGAUUUAUCAGUAUCAGACUUCCUCCUUAAAUCAUGGGAACCGAAAGUUCAAAUGCCAUUCCUAACAGCUCCUGGACAAACCCCUCGUAAAAUUGAAAUUGAAAGGCAGAAGAGAUUAUUUGCUGUAUUAGAUAUCGAACAACUCCUGUCAAAAGAGGGAAUAGGCACUUCAGUAUUAGUACCUCCCAAUGUUAAAUAUUCCUAUGAAGAUGUUAGUCUUGAUGCAUCUUUAAAUGGCUUAUCCAACUACUUGCCUCUUGAGAUCUUCGAUGAUACAGAUUAUGAUAAUCGAACACCUGAGGACUGGCUAUCACUAGGUAGUAAUAAAAUUGGAGAUACACGAAGAUACCCAGUUCCUUGUAAAAGUUUAAUCCCCUAUCCAGAGAAACAUUACCGGUGGACUGAAUGUGGAGUUCUUGAUUACGAUAGAGAGAGUAAACUAUAUAAAGUCAAAGUUAUGUCUCACAGCCACGACGAGUUUGAUAGUAAACUGACAGAUCAGGGAAUGGGCUUGGAGAGCUGUGUACACGAGUCAAAAUUCUUUUGGGUAGCCCGAAUACGGUUACUAUUUUGUGCUGAGGAUCCUGUAGCUUUUACGGCAAGAAUAAAAAAUGCUGUAUUAUCUAGAACAAAGACAGAAGGCUUGCUACGAUAUAAUUUAUACGUCGAUUGCAUGCCAACAGUAGGCAUCGAAAGCUUAAAUUGUGGUAGUUUUUCGCGUGUUAUGAAUUCUGUUACAGCUACUCCUUGCCCUUAUCUCAAGAAUAUAAGCGCUAGCUCUAAAUUAGACAACUUACAAUCAGAAAUUCGUCUGGACUAUGCACGCUCGAUGAACGAUCAGAUAUUUAGAAAGAUUGUGAAAUCAUCCCCUAAGGCAUUUCCUUUCGUAGUAAUACCUAUUGAACCCCAUCGACCAACUCCAGAAAAAGGGUGUUGCGCAGAUAUCGCUGAUUAUAAUUGGAAGGAUAAAUUUAACAGCUUUUCAUUUAGUUCCUUACUAACUCGUGGGGAAGUCAUUGCCGCAAUAAGCAAAGUUCGUACGGAAUGCAAUAAGGUCGCAUCAAUGUCCGUAUUUCAUUUACCAGUAACAAAAAGCAUGAGAUUAGAGGAGUUUGAACAAACGCAAGCUCAAGCCAGCGCACAGACCCAGCUAUUUUUGCGGGAUAGCUGGAUAUCUACACUUCGUGCUGGUAUUUUAUCAAGUUUAAGAGAUACUGGAAAAGGCUGGUUCAAUAUGGAUGAAAGAAACUGGGAAGUCUAUAAAAUCUCUAAGCUGAAAAAAUUUAUGGAGAUGGUGAAAUUUGCUAUGCAGGAUUCUCUUCGAUACUUAUUGAAAGAUUCUUUGAAGGCGUUUACUCAAAAUUUAUUAGAUGUUUGCGAUAGCGUUUUAAAGUUACCGGAAAACUACGUUUGGCAUGAUGACCUAACUCAUAGUCCCUUUAAGCCCUGGAAAAAUCCGCUAUUUCUUCUAGAUUUGGUCAUCGAUUCUCACGGAGUCCAUUAUUCGACUCCAUUGGAGCAAUUCGAAUCGACUCUAGUGUCUUUGUUUGAAAAAGGGAUUACUAGUACAUAUAAUGUACCUCAGUUAGAAAAGUUGGUAAUGGAUAAAUUAUUUUGGUCCGGAACUCCAAUACUAGAAUCCGUUGGCGAACAUGAGCCAUUCGUAACUAACUUAAAAGCUUCAGUUAGUUUCGGUAUUAAACAAGCUUUAAUACCGCUUCGAGCAUAUGCAAAAAGGUAUAACAGUUACGUUGAACUCAUGAAUCUGGACUACAAUAAUUCUGAUCAUACCCCAGCUGAAGUUAAAAGAGAAGUUGAAAAACAUUUGGAAGAGAAGAUAAAGAUCGGAGACAGUAUCCCUUCGAAUCUGAUAAUUGGGCCAUUCUGGGUUAGUUGUGAACAAGUGAAGUCUAAUUUAGCCAAAAAGCGGAAAGACCUCAGCAAAGCUGUUCUUGAAUUACUAGCAAAGAAGCUAAAGAAACAAUGUGACGAGAUAUGUAACGAAUUUAAGGCUGUUUCCCGUCGACUGUACGAAAAACCAAACUGCAUCGAAGAUUUAUCGGAACUUAGAAGUUAUAUAAAGACCAUUCCUGAGUUAUUAACCAAUUAUCAGGAUAAGAUAAAUAAGGCAAUGACGGAUUAUGAACUUAUUGAAGACUUCAAUUAUAACAUAUCCAUGGAUGAUUUUAAUGUUAGAUGGACUGCUGUUGGGUGGCCAUAUAAAAUUGAACAGCAAAUGAAACAAACUGAUGAAUCAUUAGAAAAAGAUGAGGAAAGAUUUCGUAAGGUUCAAGUUACCGAUCAAAGCAACUUUGAAGAUCGACUAGAUACAUUACAGAUGGUUGUAGCAGGAUUCUCAGCCCAUACAGAUGUCAAAAAAGCUCACGAAGUUGCCAACGAGGUGCGACGUGUCGUUAAACAAUUGAAGGAAUGCCAAACUCUUGCUGCGUUAUACAAUAAUCGUGAACGCCUUUUCGACAUGCCUGUGACAUCGUAUGAUAAACUGGCCAAACUUUUAAAGGAUUUCGAACCUUUUAAGAAUUUAUGGUUGACUGUUUCCGAUUGGAUUAAAUGGCAUGAGAGCUGGAUGGAAGAUCCUUUGACUUCAAUCGAUCCUGAACUGCUGGAAAAUAAUGUCUCUAACUCAUUUAAAACACUGCAUAAGUGUUAUAAGGCCUUUAAAGAUAUUCCAAUGGUACAACAAAUUGCAAAAGACAUCAGAGAGCGAAUAGAUGAAUUUAAGCCUUAUAUACCACUUAUACACGGUCUCCGUAAUCCGGGCAUGAGAAGCAGACAUUACGAGCAGCUGUCUUUGGAACUUGGGUUUACGGUAGUACCGAAGGCAACUCUUACAUUCUCUAAAUGCUUGGAAAUGAAACUACAAGAUCAUAUAGCUACCAUAGCAAAAAUUGCUGAAGUUGCUGGAAAGGAGUAUUCAAUAGAACAGGCCUUGGAUAAAAUGGAAAAUGACUGGAAUCCCGUUAAUUUGGAGGUUAUAUUGUAUAAGCAAACUGGAAGCUAUAUAAUGAAAACAACAGAUGAAACUUCUCAAUUGCUAGAUGAUCAUAUCGUAAUGACGCAAAGUAUGUCAUUUUCGCCAUAUAAAAGACCAUUUGAAGAUAGGAUAAACAUAUGGGAGGGUAAACUUCGUAUGACGCAAGACGUCAUGGACGAAUGGUUAUCUUGCCAACGAGCAUGGCUGUAUCUAGAACCAAUUUUCGGCUCUGAGGACAUCAAUAGACAAUUGCCUGUUGAAAGUAAAAGAUUUCAAACAAUGGAUCGAAUAUGGAGAAAGAUCAUGAAGAAUGCAAAGGAAAAUCCGCAAGUGAUCUCCCUAUGUCCAGAUGGUAGAAUGCUAGAAAAUUUGAAAGAAUGUAAUCGACUUUUGGAUCAAGUUCAGAAAGGGUUAAGCGAUUACUUAGAAACAAAAAGAACUGCUUUUCCCAGAUUUUAUUUUUUGUCUGAUGACGAGCUACUGGAGAUUUUAUCUCAAACUAAGGAUCCUACAGCUGUUCAACCCCAUCUAAAGAAGUGUUUCGAAAAUAUUGCUAAGCUAAAUUUCGAAAACGAUCUGAAGAUCAAUGCAAUGCUAUCAUCUGAAGGUGAAAAAGUACCUUUUUCGGAGGAGGUAUAUCCAAUUGGUAACGUAGAAGAUUGGCUUUUAGAGGUUGAACGAGUCAUGAAAUGCAGUAUCAAAGAAGUUCUACGGCAAGCUUUGAUGAUGUACGCAAAGGAGGAUCGAAAAGACUGGGUUCUCCAAUGGCCUGGUCAAAUCGUUAUCGCCGGAUGUCAAACUUAUUGGACUAAAUUAGUUACUGAUGCUAUUAACAACAGUCAAUUAAAUAGCCUAUAUCAGUCGCUACUAGAUCAGUUAGAUGAUUUGGUAAAACUCGUUCGUGGACAUUUAACGAAAUUGCAACGAUUGAUACUGUCAGCUGUGAUUGUUAUCGAGGUUCACGGAAGAGAUGUAGUUUUCAAAAUGAAGGAAGAAGGUAUAGCUAAUGCAAAUGAGUUCGAAUGGAUCAGACAGCUACGCUAUUACUGGGAAGAUGGACUUUUUAUUAGGGUAGUAAAUGCUGAAUUUCCGUAUGGAUCCGAAUAUCUUGGAAACACUGGUAGAUUAGUAAUUACGCCUUUAACGGACAGGUGUUACUUGACUUUAACCGGUGCUCUUCAUCUAAAAUUUGGGGGAGCGCCAGCUGGCCCGGCUGGAACUGGAAAAACAGAAACUACUAAAGAUUUAGCUAAAGCUAUGGCCGUACAGUGUGUAGUCUUUAACUGUUCCGAUCAAUUAGAUUAUAUGGCAAUGGGAAAAUUUUUUAAAGGUUUAGCUAGUGCUGGAGCAUGGGCUUGUUUUGAUGAAUUUAAUCGGAUUGAUAUUGAAGUAUUAUCGGUUGUGGCUCAACAAAUUGCUACCAUUCAAAAAGCCCAACAACAGAAAGUAGAUCGGUUUAUUUUCGAAGGUGUUGAAAUUGCGUUAAGGUCAUCAUGUGCCGUAUUUGUAACAAUGAAUCCUGGUUAUGCAGGGAGAACUGAAUUACCGGAUAACCUGAAGGCUCUUUUUCGCCCUGUUGCGAUGAUGGUGCCUGAUUAUGCGAUGAUUGCAGAAAUUAUGUUAUUUUCAUACGGAUUCUCGGAAGCUAAGACUCUAUCAAGAAAAAUUACAACCACAUUUAAACUAUCAUCGGAACAAUUAAGUUCUCAAGAUCAUUAUGAUUUUGGAAUGAGAGCAGUCAAGACCGUCAUUUCAGCAGCUGGCAAUCUUAAACGGGAAAAUCAAGUUUUAAAUGAGGAGUCAAUUGUAUUGAGGGCUAUUAGAGACGUAAAUGUUCCGAAAUUUUUGAUGGAUGACUUGAAACUCUUUAAUGGAAUUAUAUCGGAUCUCUUUCCAAGAUUGAGAGAGGAGCCAGCAGAUUAUGGAGAAUUAGAACAGUCAAUACGAAAAAGUUGCAAGAAAUCCGGAUUAUUAGAUAUUGAUGGAUUUGUAACGAAAUGUAUUCAGUUGUACGAGACUACAGUGGUAAGGCACGGAUUGAUGCUAGUAGGACCAACUGGAUCAGGAAAAACUAAGUGCUACGAAGUAUUAAAAAGAGCGUUAAGUGUUUUAAGGGGCAAAGAAGCUAGUAACGGAUUAAAUUAUGAACAAGUAUUCACGUAUGUUUUAAAUCCAAAAUCAAUUACAAUGGGACAAUUAUACGGCGAAUUUGAUCAAUUAACACAUGAAUGGACUGAUGGAAUUUUAUCUGCAUUAAUCCGACAAGGAGUUACAAACAAUACAACUGAUAAAAAGUGGUACGUUUUCGACGGCCCUGUUGAUGCCAUUUGGAUUGAGAAUAUGAAUACCGUACUUGAUGAUAACAAAAAGUUAUGUUUAAGUAGUGGGGAAAUUAUUAAAUUAACAGAAGAGCAAACUAUGAUGUUUGAAGUAUCAAACCUUUCGGAAGCUUCGCCCGCCACUGUUAGUAGAUGUGGAAUGGUGUAUCUUGAGCCGAGCAUUUUAGGAUUAGAAGCUUUCGUUAUAUGCUGGCUACGAAAAUUGCCUACACCUGCAAAGCAUUGUCAAGAUAAACUUAAAUAUCUAUUCGAUACUUAUUUGCAAGAUUCUAUUUUUUUUAUGAGGCAAAAUUUAAAGGAAUUUGUAACUACAGUUGAUAGCAACUUAGUAACCAGCCUAUGUAAUAUUCUCGACUCCUUCUUCUCUCCAUUUAUUCCGAAAGAAGGAUACCCAAAUGAUAAUGAUGGAAUACCGGAAAUGGAUGACCUAAUUGAAAUGUGGUUUAUAUUUGCACUUGUUUGGAGUAUUGGAGCAACAUGCGAUAUGGAUGGGAGAAUAAAAUUUGAUAGCUAUCUAAGAAAUAAAUUAAAACUGACUCCGAUUGCACUAAGUCUUCCUGAGAUGGGAACUGUGUUUGAUUAUAAAUUAGACUAUUGUAUUUCAAGCCCAUAUGAUGACGAUGAUGAUAAGAAAAUUAACAAAAAGUCGGUUUCAUGGGUAAGAUGGAUCGAUAGUGUUGAAGAAUUUGCUAUUCCGAUAGAUUCUCGUUUUGCUGAUGUUAUUGUUCCUACGACUGAUACUAUUCGAGGUUCAUAUCUACUGAAUUUGUUAUUGACUAACAAAAAGCGAGUGUUAUGUAUUGGACCAACUGGCACCGGUAAAACGUUAACCGUUAGCGAUAAAUUACUACGGAACAUGCCGGAAGAUUAUCUAUCACAUUUUAUUAUAUUUUCUGCUCGUACAAAUGCUAAUCAUACACAGGAUGUCAUAGAUGGAAAGCUCGACAAGAGACGCAAAGGUGUCUAUGGACCACCGAUAGGAAAAAGUUGCAUUUUUUUUAUUGAUGAUUUAAAUAUGCCUUCCUUAGAAGUUUAUGGAGCUCAGCCACCUAUCGAAUUGAUACGCCAGUGGUGUGAUCAUAAAGGAUGGUACGAUCGUAAAGCAAUCGGGCAAUUUCGUGAAUUGGUCGAUUUAAAUUUUGUAUGUGCUAUGGGUCCUCCAGGAGGAGGUAGAAAUCAGAUAACUUCUCGCCUAACUAGACAUUUCAAUUACUUAACUUUCACUGAAUUAGAAGAUAAAAGUAAGUUCAGAAUUUUUUCUACUAUAUUAACAAACUGGAUGAGCCAAUUCCCGGAUGCGAGUACGUUGUGUCAACAACUUGUCAACGCUACAAUUGACAUCUAUAAUACAAUUACUUCUCAAUUAUUACCAACUCCUGCUAAAAGCCAUUAUACCUUUAACUUAAGAGAUUUAUCAAAAGUAUUUCAGGGUAUGUUAAUGGCGGAUUCAUCCAAACUAGCAGAUAAAAGCGCACUACUAAGGUUAUGGUUUCACGAAAAUUGUCGUGUAUUCCAAGAUCGACUUAUUGAUAUAGACGAUUGCGUUUGGUUUCAAGGGGUUAUAAACUCAAAAUUAGAAAGUUUUCAAUUGUCCUUGGCUGGUAUUAAGACCACAGAACUUCUAUUCUACGGCGAUUUCAUGCAACAAGCAUCUGAUGUUAGGAAUUACGAAGAAAUUGUCAACCAAAAUACCAUGAUUACCACAUUAAAUGAUUAUCUUGACGAUUACAAUCAAAUAUCUACUAAUAAGAUAAAAUUAGUUCUUUUUAUGGAUGCUGUGCAGCAUAUAGUGAGGAUUAGUAGAGUUAUCCGACAACCAUUCGGGAACGCUCUUUUACUAGGAAUGGGCGGUAGUGGACGUCAAUCGCUAACGAAAUUAGCAGCUCACAUGUCCGAAUAUGAUUGCUUCCAGAUUGAGUUGUCUAAGAAUUAUGGGAUGUCUGAAUGGCGAGAAGACAUUAAAGGUAUCAUGCAAAAGGCCGGCCUCGAAAACAAAUCUAUAGUUUUUUUAUUCACUGACACUCAGAUCAAGAAUGAAACAUUUUUAGAGGACAUUAAUAAUAUUCUUAAUUCAGGUGAUGUCCCAAAUUUGUUUAACUCUGAUGAACUUGACACAAUCUAUACUUCUAUGAAACCUGUAGUUCUAGACGAAAGAGGACAGCCGACUAAAGCGAACCUGUAUUCUGCUUUUGUAAAGAGAGUCCGCAAUAAUAUACAUUGCGUAAUCUGUAUGAGCCCUAUAGGAGAAAUUUUUCGCCAGAGGUUACGUCAAUUUCCGUCGCUAGUCAAUUGCUGUACAAUUGAUUGGUUCUCUAAAUGGCCAAGCGAAGCUUUACGAUCUGUGGCGCAACACUUUUUAAAAGAAUUAGCAAAUUUUGACGUUACAACAACUGUUUUCGAUGCUUUAGUCAGUAUAUGUGUUAAUAUGCAUGAAUCAGUUUGUGAGAGGAGUGAACUAUAUCUGACUGAAUUAUCUCGUUACUAUUAUGUUACACCAUCUAACUAUCUGCAACUCCUUGGAACAUUCGCCAGGAUAUUUACUCUUAAGAAAGAGGAGUUGAUCAAAAAAAGGGAUAGAACUAAGACAGGAUUAGAUAAGCUAUUAGCUACUGCUGAAGAAGUUGAAAAGCUACAAGAAGAAUUAGAAACAAUGCGACCACUUUUAGAAAGGGCAGCCAUAGAAACCUCUGAAACCAUGCAGCAAAUUAAGAAAGAUACGUCAGUAGCGGAAGAAACUAAAGUCGUCGUUCAGAAAGAAGAGAAACAAGCAGCUAUACAAGCUCAAAAAACACAAGAAAUUGCUGAUGAAGCGCAGAGAGAACUAAAUGAAGCAUUGCCUGCUUUGGAAGCUGCUCUAUCAAGCUUGAAAUCGUUAAAUCGAAAUGACGUCGUUGAAGUCCGUACCAUGCACAAACCACCAGCAGGCGUGCGCAUGGUUAUUGAAACCGUUAGCAUUAUGAAGGGUAUCAAACCCAGAAAAGUUGCUGGAGACAAAGUUGGUAUGAAGGUCGACGAUUAUUGGGAACCCGGUAAGGCUUUAUUAUCGGAUCCCGGAAAAUUCCUGGAUAGCUUAUUCAAAUACGACAAAGACAAUAUACCAGAUUCGAUAAUUAACAAAAUUCAACCAUAUAUUGACAGCGAAGAAUUUCAACCAUCUGCUAUCUCUAGGGUAUCUAAAGCAUGUACAUCUAUUUGUCAAUGGGUUCGUGCAAUGUAUAAAUAUCAUUUUGUGGCCAAAAAUGUUGCUCCGAAAAGGGAAAGAUUGCAAGAAGCACAGGCAGACUUAGUGGAAACUCAACGAAUCCUAGAAGAAGCUAAGAGUAGAUUACAAGGUGUUGAAGAUGGAAUUUCGUCUAUGAAGGCCAAGUAUGAGGAGUGUGUUGCUAGAAAGGAAGAAUUAGAACUAAAAUGUGAUGAAUGUACCGCUAGACUGGCAAGAGCUGAAACGUUGAUCGAAGGUCUUAGUGAUGAAAGGAUCCGAUGGCAACAUACAAUAGAAGAAAUUGAUAGAUUAGUAAUAAAUAUUGUAGGAGAUGCUCUAAUAUCUGCUGCAUACAUAGCUUAUAUGGGUCCGUUUACUGGAGAAUAUAGGAAUAAACUUUUAGAUGAAUGGAAAAUACAACUUGAAGAGCUGCAUGCUCCUCAUUCAUCUCACCCAUCAUUAGUUUCAACCCUCGGCGAUCCAGUUAAAAUUAGAAGUUGGCAAAUUUCAGGCCUACCUCGUGAUGCAUUGUCUGUUGAAAAUGCUAUGAUAUCACAGUACUCUCAAAGGUGGCCACUAUUUAUUGAUCCACAAGGGCAAGCUAACAAAUGGGUUAAAAAUAUGGAGAAAGAUAAAGGUUUAGAUGUUUUAAAAUUGACGGAUCGUGAUUUCCUUAGGAGUUUAGAAAAUGCAGUUAGAUUUGGCAAACCUUGCUUGCUAGAAAAUGUUGGUGAAGACUUGGAUCCUGCAUUGGAUCCACUUCUCCUUAAGCAUACUUUCAAGCAGUCCGGCGGAACCGUAGUCAAGUUAGGAGAUGCUAUCAUACCCUAUCACGAUGAAUUUAAGUUAUACAUAGCGACUAAACUGCCAAAUCCACAUUAUGCACCUGAAGUUUCAUCCAAAGUAACCCUGAUCAACUUCACAUUAUCUCCAAGCGGUUUGGAAGAUCAACUCUUAGCUCUAGUUGUUGCGGAAGAAAGACCAGAUCUGGAAGAGGCAAAAAAUCAACUGAUAUUGAGUAAUGCCAGAAUGAGACAAGAGCUAAGAGAAAUAGAAGAUAAAAUUUUAGCUAGACUAUCUGCGUCGGAAGGUAAUCCAGUUGACGAUAUCGAUCUUAUUAAGACAUUAGAGGCGAGUAAAGCGAAGUCUGAGGAGAUAAAAUCCCGUGUAGCAAUAGCUGAAAGAACUGAAAAGGACAUUGAUGAAACACGAAAUGAGUAUAUUCCAGUGGCUAUAAGAACAAGAAUCUUAUUCUUUUGUGUUACAGAUUUAGCAAAGCUAGACCCCAUGUAUCAGUACUCGCUUGAAUGGUUUAUCGGUAUAUUUUUAAGUGGAAUCUCCAAUGCAGAUAGAGCUGACAAAGUUCGAAUUAGGAUUGAAAAUAUCAACGAUUAUUUUACCUAUAGUUUAUUUACUAACAUUUGUCGUAGUUUAUUCGAAAGGCACAAGCUAUUAUUUGCAUUUUUGCUAAGUUCCCGAAUCUUACAAGACGAAAAUGCUAUUGAUAUGGCUGAGUGGAGAUUCUUACUUACAGGAGGGGCAGCUGUAACUCAAAAUUUACCUAACCCAGCUUCACAAUGGCUAUCCGAACGUGGAUGGACGGAAAUUUUACAUCUAUCAGAAUUGUCUACUUUUCGAGAUUUUGCUAGAGACUUCACUAUACAUGUUGAAGAAUUUAAAAGAAUAUUUGAUAGUUCAGAACCCCAUAAGCAAAGACUACCUGGUCGGUGGAACGAGGAAAUUAAUCCGUUCCAGAAAAUGCUGGUUUUACGAUGCAUCAGAGCUGAUAAACUUAGCAAUGCCAUGCAGGAAUUUGUUUCUCUGCAUUUAGGCCAAAAGUUUAUCGAACCUCAAACUACAGACUUGUCUAUGGCAUACAAAGAUUCUUCUAACGUGGUUCCACUUAUUUUUGUAUUAUCCCCGGGUACUGACCCAGCAGCGGAUUUAUACAAGUUUGCAGAAGAGAUGAGAUUCAGUAAAAAGCUUAGUGCGAUUUCUCUAGGGCAAGGACAAGGACCGAGAGCUGAAGCCAUGAUGCGUUCGGCAACUGAUCGAGGGAAAUGGGUAUUUUUUCAAAAUUGCCAUCUAGCUCCAAGCUGGAUGCCGGUAAUGGAAAGAUUGAUAGAGAGUAUCGAUCAUGAUAAAGUUCAUCGUGAUUUUCGUAUGUGGUUGACUAGUAUGCCGAGUCCUGAAUUCCCAGUCUCCGUAUUGCAAAAUGGCUCAAAGAUGACCGUUGAACCGCCUCGUGGCAUGAAGGCAAAUCUUCUGAAAUCUUUUAGCGGUUUUAACGACGAGUUCAUGAAUUCAUGCAGCAAAGGCUCUUUAUUUAAAAGUUUGCUAUUUUCCUUGUGUUUAUUUCACGGAGUUAUUUUGGAACGUCGUAAAUUUGGACCAUUAGGAUUAAACAUUCCUUAUGAAUUUACUGAUGGAGAUUUAAGAAUUUGCAUCAGUCAAUUAAAAAUGUUCUUGGAAGAAUAUUCUCAAGUGCCCUUUAAAGUCUUAAAGUAUACGGCCGGCCAUAUAAAUUACGGAGGUCGAGUUACGGAUGAAUGGGAUAGAAGAUGCGUGAUGAACAUUUUAGAUGAUUAUUACAACAGCAGUGUGCUAUCAGAAGAUCAUAGUUACUGCGAUAACGGAACCUAUAGGCAAAUAAAUCCGUCAGUUGAUUACCAAGGCUAUAUGCAUCACAUCCGUUCGCUGCCAAUUAAUGACUCACCAGAUAUCUUCGGCUUACAUGAAAAUGCCAGCAUAACUUUUGCGCAGAGUGAGACGUUCACCCUACUUAAUAAUAUACUAAAAUUGCAACCUCGAUCUUCAAAAGGAAUCGAUAGAUCUAGAGAAGAAAUUAUGGAAGAAGCCGCUAGAGCGAUUCUAGACUCUAUACCUGGUGCAAUAUCGAUUGAAUUUGUGGUUUCUAAAUAUCCAGUGAAAUAUGAAGAAUCUAUGAAUACGGUACUAAUCCAAGAAGUGAUCCGUUAUAAUAGAUUAUUACAGAUUAUAGUUAACACAUUAGCGGAUCUUUUGAAAGCGCUAAAAGGUCUAGUAGUUAUGUCUUCUUCCCUUGAAACAAUGGCAAGCAAUAUAUAUGAUAAUGCAGUACCGGAGACAUGGAAUUCUAGAGCAUAUCCAUCUCUGAAACCUUUAGCUUCUUGGGUUAGCGAUUUGAUAGCAAGGGUGCAAUAUAUCCGAAAUUGGGUUGAUACGGGAAUUCCGGCAGUAUUUUGGAUUUCUGGAUUUUUUUUCCCGCAGGCUUUUCUAACUGGGACUCUGCAAAAUUUCGCAAGGCGAAAAGUUGUAUCAAUUGACACAAUUUCCUUCGAUUAUAGUAUGAUGGACGAUAGCAAUUUCGAAGGAAAGCCAGAAAUUGGAUGCUAUAUACGUGGGUUAUUUCUGGAAGGUGCUAGAUGGGAUAAUGUUUCUAAAUGUCUCACAGAAUCUAGGCCGAAGGAACUUUACAGUGAUAUGCCCAUAGUAUGGCUAAAGCCUAUCGUUAAUCGAAUUAUGCCAAUGGAUGGUAUUUAUGUUUGCCCUGUCUAUAAGACGCUUACUCGAGCAGGGACACUAUCUACCACUGGACAUUCCACGAAUUUCGUCUUAUCAAUUGAAGUACCGAGCCUGAAGCCGCAGGAGCAUUGGAUUAAGAGAGGCGUUGCCUUAAUUUGUGCGUUAGACUAUUAA